CUUCAAAAUGAGAGUACCAACGAUGCUGUCUGACAUCGAGGAGCUGCCCUCGGUGCAGCUUGGCGACUACGUGUUGCGGUUUGAGCUGGAGGACCUGACGCCCUUCGGCAAGGAGGUGGCUAAGAACGAGCUGCGUGAAACGCCCGAAAACCGUGUCAGUGCCGUCGAGGAGCUGCGCAACCUCCUUAAAGAAGUGGAAGGCUUGGUAGUGCCGCUGGAUAAUGACGACUGGAUGAUCCGAUUCCUUCGUCCAUGCAAAUUCUACGCAAAGAGUGCCUGCGAGCUGAUUCAACGGUACUACCAGUUCAAGAUCAAACACUGGGACAUGUACAACGAGCUGAUGCCGUCGAAGGAAGCGAACAUCUUCAAGCAGAACAUCUUGGCGGUGUUCCCGAACCGAGACCAGCUCGGACGGCGCGUGCUGUUGCUGGAACUCGGCAAAACCUGGAAGCACAAGGAGGUCACACUGGACGAAGUGUUCAAAGGAUGCGUGCUGUUCCUAGAAGCCGCCAUGCUGGAACCCGAGACACAGGUUCACGGUGCGGUUGUGAUCUUUGACAUGGACGGCUUAACGCUCCAGCAGGCCUGGCAGUUUACGCCACCAUUCGCCAAGCGUAUCGUCGAUUGGCUCCAGGAUGCCGUGCCGCUGCGGAUCAAGGGUAUCCACAUCAUUAAUCAGCCAAAGAUCUUUAACAUGGUGUUCGCGCUGUUCAAGCCGAUCCUGCGCGAGAAGCUGCGCAAUCGCAUCAUCUUCCACGGUACCGAUCGCGAUUCGCUGUACAACCACAUCUCGAAGGAGUGCCUUCCGGCCACUUACGGUGGCACGGUUGAUGCCCCACGAGUGCAAGGUGAGCAGUGGUACGAACUGCUGCUCAAGUGCGACAACGAGUACAAGGAGAUCAAUAACUUUGGCUACACGAAACAGAUCGAGGAGCUGCGCAUUAAGAAGAGCAAGAAAAAAUGAUGGCAGGACAGAUGAGGAGAUCGCUACCCUGGCAUGCCAAAGCGAGGACUCCGAUGGGUACAGUAGCAUUCUCAGCUCAUCGGAUCAACCCAUGCGGAGGGCGCCGUCAUGCGCCAUGUGAUGCUUAUAUAUUCCAAUUAACAAACACCGAUUUACCACCAACCACACUCUCUACUCUAGGGAUUGCUAAAACUCCACAAAUCUUAGAAACCGUGAGGUGUUUCUUCUACGCACGGUUGCGUGGGGCCACGUCUGCUGCAAUCGUUUCAAAUGGUUUCGGGAUUCACUGUCGCCGGAAGUACGUGGACCAGGCACAAAUACACACUGAUGCACACGUUGGCUCAUCGGAGUCGUUAUUAGUUAAAACGUUGGGUACAAAACCAGAAUAGCGUGUUUCCUAGUUCACUCGAUAGCUAGCUCACUAGAAAUUUACUGAAAAUGGUGUGAUAAGAAUUUUUUUAACAGGCAAGAGCUUAUUUCGUUUGCUGUUCAUGCAGUCGAUAGCGUCUUCAUUCGCUCUGCUGAAUGAUGGAUAGACUGUUUAAAGCUAGUGAACUUAGGCUAAAUUACCAUUUUAAAAAUGUAAUUAAGAAUUGCGGUUAGAGAUAUAAAAGAAAUAUAUAAC